UAAUGAAAUUUGAAAAUAAACAAAGCGGGUUGCAAAAGUUUGAAAAUUUGCUCAUUCAAUUACAAUUAAAAAUUAUUAUAAUAUGGAUAAACAUCCUAAACGCGCUAAAAAGAAGUAUACUUGUCCAAAUCCCCUUUUUGUGAAAUGGCUCACGGAAUGGAAACAAGAAGCAUCGGAGAAAGGGUUGAAAUUGCAAUAUACAUAUGCAAAGGCAUUAUCUUCAUUAAAAAAGUAUCCUUUACCCCUAUCUUCUGGAAAAGAAGCUAAAAUCUUAGAAUAUUUUGGAGAUAAAAUUUGUUCUAUGCUUGAUGCAAAAUUAAUUGAAUGGCGACAAACGAAUGGUUCAUCUCCACUAAACUCAGUUGAACAAUCUCAAGUUUCUGUGAUAUCUGGAUCAAAUCCCAUAAGCAAGCCAAAGAAACCUUCAACCACUUCAUUCAACUCACCAAAAAAAACUAACAUUAAAACAAUAACUGUCGGAAGGACGGCAACAUUCCCAAAGGCUACGCUUAUGCCAAGAAUCGAAGAAAAAACAACGAACUAUGAUUUUCCCUUAGAUGAUGUUAAAUUUUACCUUUUUCCUGAAUCUUUUGAUAUUUUACUUUGUGUAGACAACUGUGAAACUAUAUCUGGACAUGGAAAGAGUAAAAAAUUGUUCCAAACUGAACUGCAAAAAUGUGGAGUGGAAUUUGAAGUAAGAAAGCUUCAUGUUGGAGAUUUUCUCUGGAUUGCUCGGGAUAAAAAUGAUAACACAAAGGAAGUCGUUUUAGAUUUUGUUGUGGAACGUAAGCGAUUGGAUGAUUUAGCUCAUAGUAUUAAAGAUGGACGAUUUAGAGAACAAAAGUUCCGAUUAAGAAAUUGCGGUUUAAAGAAACCAGUUUAUUUAGUAGAAAACUGUACUGGAGCAAAGUAUUUGGGCUUACCUGAAUCUACUUUAGAGCAAGCUAUUGUAAAUACACAGGUAGUUGACGAUUUUAUCGUAAAAAGAACUCAAAAUAUCAAGGAGUCUGUUUCAUAUCUUUCAUCAAUGACUAGAAUGUUGAAAAAUAAGUAUAAAGAUCAAACUCUUGUAGCAGUAUCAUGUGAAUCUGUGCAGAAAAAGUGUUAUACAUCAAAUAAUUUUAUGUGUUUCAAAGAUUUUAACUGUUCAACUGUAAAAAAUAAGAGUCUAACUCUCAAGGAAAUGUUUGCAAAACAUUUGUUACAAUUUUUUGGACUUUCGGUUGAUAGGGCUGCAGCGAUAGUUGACCAGUUUGAUACUCUCCCUAGAUUUCUUGAAGCAUAUGCUGGAUGUGAUUCUGAAGCCGAGAAGAUUAAUCUAAUAUCAUCUAUUAAAUUUGGGCUAAAUAAAAAAAACAUUGGUCCCUCAUUAAGCAAGUCUUUACUUCAAUUUUAUGACGCCCAGUGGCCUUCUAGUUGAAGUUAUCAUCUACUUCUAUUGUUUUGUAAGAUAUUCAUUUUGUAUUAGUUUCGUCAUUGUAAUUAUUCAGACACCCAGAAAGUAUUUAUUAAAAAUAAUUUUUUAUAUAAAUUA